AUGCCGCACCUCCCGCGCGUGUCCGCCUUCCCCAUCGCCGCCGAGCGCAGCAUCAUCACCGCAGCCGGCGCAGCUCUUCACAUUCCGGCCAAGGAGAAGGCCUCUCCACUCAUCGGGCAGCUCGCACCCGAAAUCGUCGCCCAGGAUCAUCUCGGGCGCGAAGUCUCGCUCCACUCCACCAUCUCGCUCGGUCGACCCAUCGUGCUCUACUUCUUCCCGCUGGCCGGGUCGCCGCAUUGCACCAAGGAGUCGUGCUCUUUCCGCGAUGCCGUGGGGACAUCGCCCGUUUUCAACGAUCUCAAUGCGGUGGUAAUCGGUAUUUCCCAGGACCCGCCCUCUCGAUCGCGGCGCUUCGUCGACGAGCACCAUCUAGGUUUUCGGAUCUUGCACGAUGAGAACCGCCAGAUCAUGGAUGCGUGGGGAGUAGGUCGCGGGUUGAUGGGCCUCAUCGACGGCAGGUGUACAUUCAUCAUCGACCAAGACGGCGUCGUACGAGCCAUGCUCGAUGGCGUAUGGGACUACAAAGGUCAUCGCGACUUUGCCGAAAAGUGGCUCUGCCGGAUCGAGCACGAGCUGUCGGGUCGCGAGCGUUUCUAUGUCGAGCACGAGGCGGAUGAGUCCGUAGCAUGCGACGAAAUGACACGCAACGUCCGGGUUGUGUACGGAGAAGUGGUGCCAGGGCGCGGGAUCGCCACUGCACCACGAUUCGGCGCAGCACCAGCAGCUACUAAGGGCAAGAGCUCCAAGUCAACCACGGCAGAGUCGAGUGCCAUCGCCCGCUCUUCGUCGGCGGAAGGGGAGAAGGUCCCGCGGAUGAAAUCGCGACGCAAUCUUCGAAACUGGCUCCGCCCCGGUGGCGUGACAUACGACGAGCCGCUCCACGUCGACUCCCGCGUCAACCGGAGUGCGGACGAUUUCCAACAGCGCGGUGCUGACCGGGUCGGUGCGCGAUCCGUAGACAAGGCGAGCCGUGUGCGCUCCGGCAUGUCCGCAGACCACGCGUCCGUCAUUGCGCGGGACUUUGCCGAGCUGGGUCUUCGUUCGCGUCAAGGCUCUGGUUCAGGUUCGGGCUAUGCGACGCCAUCCACCAUCAGCGCACGAUCAGUCUCAACCGGCGAAACGAGCCACACGAGUCCCGGGUUGGAGCAUGCGACCAAGCUCGCGGCUGCCAUUAAGAGCGGCAUUGCCAAUCCCGAGCUUGAGCGAUCUGGAUCGGCGAGGCGGCGCGACACCGGGACGGUGAGACCCACCCGAUCCAGCUCGCUGCUCAAGAAAGCCGAGACUACCACGGAUACAGAUGCAAAGGUGGACGGGAUGGUCUAUGCCAAUGGAAACAUUGCCAAGAUGCCUCUUUUGCCGUCGGGUGAGAGGAGCACGGACAGCAAGGCCGCGACUCGGGGUGGCGGUCCGAGCGGGCAUAGCGGAGACAGCUCUAUUGGGUCUACCAACGGCUCCUCACUUCCUGUUCCGCCACGAGCGCGCGCCGUGGCAGCCGCCGCGAGUGCCAGGCUGUCUGCCCACUCGGCGAGCAGACCUGCCGACGACGAUGAGGGGUACGAUACGGAUCGUGCCACUUCCACACCCAUGAAGACCUCACUGUCCAACGGCCCCUGCCCUCGUGCUCUACCACCACAAUCGCCCGCGCUAUCCUACGCACCCCCCACCCUCCCCUCCUCCUGGUCCACCCCACACACGCGUCGUCCCUCCACCCAAACCCUGGAUAGCCCAUCACUCGAUCGAAACGGGCCGUUUUUCACCCACCGUCCGUCGCUAGAUCCCGCCGCCAGCAUUUCGGGGGAUCGACGCCUCAGCGCUACUCCCAGCCUGACUCCCAGUCAGAUCAGCACCAGCAUGGCCGGCAGCGAGUACGAGUAUUCGCCCAGCUUGAAUGGGAGCACGCAUACGUUUGGUGGAUUGGAGGAUUGA